CGCUAUGAGUGAGUGAGAGAGUGGGAGGGGGUAGAGAGAGACAGAGAGGAGAGCGCCCUGAUCAACUCGCUCACAUCAUCAUCGUCGUCGUCAUCGUCAUCCCGUGCGCGCGCAUCAUGCGUUCAGACUGUGCUCUUUCGGGACUUGAGCACGUGCCGGUACUGCGCUGCGGAGUUGGAACCGCACGGGUUUGCGACCGGGUUGUGAGCGAGGGAGAGGUGUCGAAUGGCUUCGACGUUCGCGGGCAGCUCGCUGCGUGAGAUCGGAGAGUGGACGAGGAGGCAAAGCGCUCCCUAGAGAGUCUGGGAAUAGAGCGAGCUUUUGCUGCAACUGGAACGCAUCCUGGAAGAAGAAAAAAAAACAAGAUUGAAAAUAAAAACGAAAUCCGAAUAUUAAUAAUUUGUGUAUAUAUAGUGCGUCUCGGAGUCAACCGGCAAACUGUACCAAGAUACGAAUUCAGAGUUUGAAGCAACGAGAGACAAUUGAACAACACGAACUAACUUUCACUUCGAUUAACAACAACAACAAAAUACAGCUUCAGUAGCAAGUGGGGACAAUAACAUAUUUAAGAAAUAAUUUAUUUUCAAUUGACCAUCAUCGCCACCACAAUGUAGGUCAAUUCACUUCCCUCCCUAAGUCUUCUGCCCACACAGCGUCACUCUGCAACCCCCUACCCAUCAUUUUAACUCUUUCCUAACUUUAAAAACCCCUGCUAAAUUAGAGAACACGUAUUAACGAGUAUCCGUUUACACCUCCGAUCGUGCUGUUUGUUGCUGGGAAUUUUGGGCCUGUGCUCAGCAACUGAAGAGCCAUCGCCUAUUAGAAAGCAAAAUAAAUUAUGAAGAGCCAUCACCUGCAGGAGAACAGCGCUCAUUAAGCCACGACCCGGAUAGGCGUGUGUGCGUAUAAAGGUGACCCGCGUUCGGUCCGAGUGAACAUCUCGGGGUAAAGAUUGAGCGCAGAGAGGAGAAGGAGAACUCUGAAGUGCCACCAUGCCGGUGAAGGCCCCCAUGUACCUGAAGGCUCCGCCUAACAAGAAAGGGAAGAAGCCUCGACUCAGGGACAUCCUCUCGCCGGACAUGAUCAGCCCCCCGCUGGGGGACUUUCGUCACCUCAUGCACAUCGGAGGCUCGGCGAUGGACGAUUAUGACAAUGACAGUGGCAACCACGGUGCUCCCGAUCAUCGCGUCAACCAUCAAGGCAACCACAUUCACCAGGACCUGCACUACAACCACCAGCAGCAACAACAGCAGCAGAUAAACAACCUGCUGCACCAACAUCAUCAGCAGCAGCAGCAGAUAAACAACCUUCUGCACCAACAUCAUCAUCAUCAGCAGCAGCAGCCCGUGUUGAAAACGGGACGGUCACCAGGAUGCAGUGCGAGCUGCCUGGACGCAAUGCGCUCACCCGUGCUCAAGAAUGCCCUCACCUUGCCCUUCACGGGCUCCCCUCGUGCCCUGGACCUGCCCUACCUCUCCCCACACUAUGCCCCCACCGAGGCGUCGUCACCCACUUGGCCUCCCGGUGGGUGCAAUUCCAUCGCCGUCGCUGCCCCUCCGCAGAGCGAUUCUUCUUCACGGGGGACAGCACCGAAGGAUGGCGGCCUUCGCAAACAGCAGUCUGGCGGCUCCGUUGGCGGCGGAAGCUGUAGGUGGUCUAACGACGGCACACUGUGCGAUGAGCAAGCGGAGGAGUAUGAGGACUUGGAUGUGUUUGCCGAGGCCGAUGGGGACCUCGUGGUGAAACCGUGGCUGCGUCAUCAGGCCAGCAUCUCCCGGUCCUUAUCAGUGCCCGUUCACGGAGGCCACUCGGUGUCUCCAUCAUCUUUUUGUUCUUCUGCUGGUGGUGGUGCUGGUGGUGGUGCUGCUGCUGCUGCUUCCACAGGUCGUGUCUUCUCGGUACCGUCGCUCGCCCACACCAACACUCCGAACCAUCAUCGCCUGUCUUCCACCCUGACCCGCGAAGUCUCCGCGGGCGAAAGCAUUGGGCAAACCCGGUCGGGCCAAAGGUCAAACCGAUUUCUCCAGACCAUGUUGGUGAACGCCAAACUCUCCAAGCUGUUCCACCAUUCUUCGAAGAACAAUGUUGGGGACGGAACGCCUGGCGGUGCUGGCGGCGGCGACGACUUUGGUGAUGGCGCUGGUGGUGCUGGUCUUUCGGGUCAGAAGACGAACUCCACCACGCGUUUGUGGAACCGGUUCAGCUUCUCGAGGGGUCGAGAUGGCGGCGGCGGCGGCGGUUCAGGGUCCUCCACCGCGGUGAAGUCUCGGAGUUCACCGGUCAAAGCCAUGCAGCUGUACCCAGAGACGUCGACCCUCGGUAGAGAUCGCACUCACGAGGCCGGGAAGCCCCCUUUCUCUGGUUGCCAGAAUCAAAGGGGGCGGCUGGUGGAGCCAUCGUCCCGGUACUCGUGGAGCGGAUCCCUGCAGAGGGAUUUUGGGAAUAUUUUUCCCAAGGCGCCGUUCACCGCUGGGAGGACAUCGCCCGGUGGAGAUGGAAUUGCGGGCACGUUGGUUGAUGGAUCAAUGGUGGUGGCAGCAACAGGAUCUUCGUUGUCAUCAUUAUUAUCAUCACCAGCAGUGGCAUCAGCAGCAUUAUCAACGUCACAGCCAUUGUUAUCAGGAACACCAGCAGCGCCAUCAUCAUCACCAUUAGUAGUAGUUCCACCACAACCACUACCACAAUCAGCGGCAUCACCAUCAGUAGCACCACCUCUACCAGCAGUAGCAAUAUCAACGUCUCAGCCAUCACUAUCAGGAACACCAUCAUUCGCACCAUCACCUUCCCCGCCAUGCGGUGCAUCACCUCCAUUAUAUGCAGUGGCACCGUCGUCAGCAUCAGCGGAACCGCCACCAGCUCCACUGCUGUCGUCUUCGUCAUCGUCAUCGUUGUCAUCCUCUGCUGCUCGACAGCCGCUGGCGAGGAGUCUCUUUCAGAGGUCGCGCUCCCAGAUUGCCGCCGUGUUCCGGAGCGGGAUCUUCCACAGCAAACGUCACAGCUCCAACCCCACGGGCAGCGAGGAGGUGGUUUUCCCGAACCGGACCUCGCAAACACAGGACCGAUUGCUCGUCAGCCCGACUCGACACCCCUGCGCAGAGUCGCGCAAUGGAGUGGCCCAAUUCGUUCCUGUGGCCCCAGUGGACUGUGCCAUUGAUCAGACAGGGGUGCAGGAAUGUUUUAAAGGGGCUACGCGCGAUGAGCAUUUUCAACAGCGAGCAAACGAUGCUUUGGAGUAUGAGGACGUCGGGGAAACUGCGAUGCAACAUCAGCCUCGUGAUCACCAUCAGCAGGAACAUCAUCACCAUCACCACCAGAAUCGGCAAAGUCAUCAACACCACCGGCAGCAGCAGCAGCAGGAGUUCAAUCAGCAUUACCAUCAGCAACAUCAUCAGCAGCAGCAUACUGAUCAUCACCAGCAGCAGCAGCAUCAAGCUCACGAUCAGCCCAGCACAAUUCGGCGGUGCUCAUCCAAAGACUCGCUGGACCCCUUCCAUCUCAGCGGCUCUCUGCUCUCUCUGGGGCUCGACCUGGGUCCCUCUCUGCUUGUGGAUGUCCUGGGGGUCAUGGACAAACCCCAGGUCCCCUCCGUAGGGGACCCCACGUCUCGGGAGCCCGCGGACAGAAACCAAAGUUCCCCGGAGAGGGACAGCGGCGUGGGAUGCUCUGACGGGGACCUGCCUCACGCUGAGACGCCGUCUCGUCAGCCGCGCCUCAAUUAAACACCCGGGGGGUUAUUUGCCAGAUAACGCACCUCUGGACAAUGUGUGUGUGGGGGGGGGGGGGGGGGAAGAGCUUCAUAGCUCAUCGGAUUCAACCAGGAGAGAUGUAAGAAUCUGAUACUGAAAUAAGACGAACUCAAAACAUCGGUCAAUAAUGCCACCUCGAAAGGGAACACAUACAUAAAAUAGACGAUGUUUCGGGCAAUGUCCCAUCUUCAGAGUACAGAUCACAUUCUUCCAUGUGCCGUAAAGAAGAGCCAUUGCACACGGCGCCGCCUGUUGCCUAUUUUUUCCCACAUUUUAAGGCCGCACAGUGAUAUCGAGGUUAGUGUUGUUUUGUUAUAUAUAAUACAAAGUAAAAUGUUUGCAUUCGUACAGCAGUGGCGCAUGCACAAACGCUCCAGCUAACCAAGAGUGCCUCACAUCGCAUCUCAAACAUUCGAAGGGCACCCACCUCCCCCUCCACCUCCCCUCCCAGUGGCAGCUGUCCCUGUGCAGCACAAUGAUACUCAGCACCGGCAUGCAAAUACAGGGGCAUUCGUCUGACGAAUGUGUUGGGAGUUUUGCUGUUGCCGUCAUUGUGCUUUUGCACCACUGCCAAACGCAGUAUCGCCGAUUCGUUCGUUUCUCAAUGCGCUUGCCCUGGUGAGGGUCACGGCGGCAGCGUGUUGAGUAGUGGUGGUCCAGACCUCCCUUUCCCUGGCGACAGACUCUAGCUCUUCCUGGGGAAUUCCCAGGCGUUCCCAGGCCAGCCGAGCGACAUCGUCCCACCACCACAAGCGUGUCCUGGGCCGGCCCCCCGGGGUAUUCGCCCAGUGGGACGUUGCUGCUGCCCGAUAGAAGUUUUAGGGGGAGUCUACCGGGGGGCAUCCUUACCAGAUGCCCGAACCCACCUCAGCUGGCUCCUCUCGAUCCGGAGGAGCAGCGGCUCGACUCUCCCGGAUUACCGAGCUCCUCACUCGUUCACGGAGAGUGAGCCCGGCAACCCUGCAGGUCAACCUCAUUUCUGCCCCUUGUACCCAGUGUCGCUAAAUACAUAUUUCAUUUAUUUGAUUACACAGAUAAUAAUAAUAAACACAACUUAGUCCUGACUGAGUCGCGAGACUAUUUUCACAGAGUAAUUUAACGUGACGCUGACAGAUACAUAACUUAAAUGUGCACUUACACGUCGCCUUCAAAGUGCACCUAGCCUGGCACAAAGCGUCGUGGUGACAUCACUGUCACCUGGUGGCGGCUGCUGUUAUUGUUAAGAGACAAUUGGCCUUACAGCCGAAUAUGGGCAUCCCCUAGGUUAGCUCAGCAGAGAAUAAGUGGGCCUGCCUAGUGCGGCAGUGGUUUGGAAGAUGAAGCGAGCUUUGGUGGUUACUGUGGUGGUGGAUUCACGUGAUGGUGGUUACUUUGAUGGUGGUGAUGAUAAUUGUUGUGGCGCUGCUGCAGACUGCUUGACCCAAGUUUAAAUUCCAUUUGGUGGGGUCAGCCAAUCAUAUCGCCAGGAUAGAUAAAAUAGUUGGGUGGGGGGAACAAAAUAUCUCACCUUUGUUGCCACAUGUGCCGCUGGACGACAGGUGAUGAGCGAGGGGGCGGCGGGGGUGGGCUUGGUGACAUCAGCAAAAUUAACUGCGUCACGCUGGGCGUGGCUUGCAUGGGUUUCCAGCCUUCUCGAGGCAGAAUGUGGGGUCAUGUGCCAUGUUUAAAUGUUCGGUCAGCCCACUGACUCGGUAAAUCGCACCAACUCUUAAUUUGCGGGCAGCUUUGAAAGCUUUUUGACACGUAAUGGCUCAACACUUGCCAGCGACAAACUUUUAUACGAAAGUUACAUUUUAAUUUCUUUAAAUAAUCGCGUUUUGCGUGACCUGUGCUGUACUGACGAAUAUGUACACACACAUCACCCGGGGAACGCGCCAGACCUGGUCAGUUCUCAGAAGCCAAAGCAGGAUUUUGAGCCUGGAUUGCGCUUGCAUUGGCGAGCGCCGCUAUGCAUUAAACAAAGUGGUGCGGGCUGCUGCGGAGUGCGGUGCAGUCAAAUCCAUCGUUGUAUGGUACUAUGCUCCAACAUCUAUGGCUCUCUGCCUUCAACAACCCGCUCGAAACCAGAGUGCGAAAGUAUGAUAAAAUAACCCCGACAAUCCGCACGGAAGGAGGAGGGCCCUCAUCCAGCAGUGAAUUUGCAAAAAGGGCACUACACUUAUGCGUUCAUGCCAAAGCGUCAUGGAUUAAAUGAACGACGGCUGGGCCGGAACCAGUCUUUGGAAUUCCACGUUCUUAUGACGGGGCACAGUGUAUCCUUGUGAAAGCUCUACUGUGAUCUGCAACCACGGUGCGAGCUGCUUCAUAAGUGGGUACUGGUUUUAGCGACCCCGGAGGGAUGAUGAUUGACGGUCAUCGAUGAUGGUAAUGGGGCUAAGAUGACCAUGACCACGAUUCAAACCCAUGCGAACAUACGACUAAGAGCCCUACCAGUAACCGUGGAACGUUGGGCCAACGUUGCCUCAACCUUGGUCCAAUGGUUCCAACCGCAUGCCAACAUUGGCCCCAACGUUAGCAUGUUUACUGGGCUGUCGUUCUACGACAUGAGCUACGCACACUAUAUAUAGAGUGAGAGUCUCACGGCACGCCUUAAGUGACCUUUCUUGCAAUGUUUGAACGGUAUAGGCAAGUACACACGCCACGUGCAGUGUGCGGAAUGGACACUCGCCUUCAUGUACAUCUGUUGUAUAUUCGCACCUUGCAUUGUCAAUGUGCGUUGUUACAAUAAAGCAUCAAGCUUUAAGCGCAAA